GUUGCUUUGCCCGUAAACGCACGUGUCGUGCCUAGGCAUCAGAGAGAAAAUCCAACAAUAUAAAAUCUAGCCGUUGGAAGCAAGGAAUCCGGCAGCAAAAACAAAGAAGGAAAUGUUGCGCGUGGAAAGUCGGCCGGAUCCAACACACCUUGUUCUUUGGAGCCUUUCGGUUCAAAGCAGCACGACCUUUUGUUAAAUUCGACCGUUGGAGGGCCGGCCACCAUAUUAUACCCAAGAAGUUGGGGAUCAGGACGAAGAACUCCAUGGCACAGAUCAAAGGACGGCGUCCGAGCUCAAACCAUCACCCCGAAGCAGUCAUGCCGGAAGUCGGAACUCCAAACCUCCUCCAGCCCAAAGAUUUCUCUCUGCCCCCCAUGCGGCGAGGGCCCAUGUACUCAGUCUAUGCCGAGCUCAGAGAGUGGAAACUAAGGAGGAAGAAAGCAGAGGUUAAUUCUACGAUCGCUACUCCUACUAGGAGAACUGUAGCCUCAACGGUUUCUCGCUCUGUUCCCAAUUUCUCGGCGGGUUUUAGGAAGGAGAAUAGGAAGCCGGCUUCUCCCCUGCCACCGACCGGCCCGCGGCUGGAUGCGUUGAUGACUCCCCCUCGGCCGAUGGUUCCGAAGGCUGAACUGAGGAGAUUGGGGAGCACGUCGGCAAGAAGGGCCGAUGAGAAGAGAGGUGGUGGUGGGGUGAUUGAGAUGAGGAAGAGUUACUCAUGCCUCAAGGAAUUGAAGGAGUACGGGGUGGUUGCCUCGUCGGCCAUGGACGAGGAAGCAAGAGGAGGGCGAAUUGCGAAGAAAGGGAUCGUCAAGAAGACUGUCUCCGGCUUCCAGCGACAAACAACAUGGAUGGGUUGAUGAUGAUGCUUCAUUAUUUGAUUCAGAGGAUUUGUUCCUUUGAUGAUUAAGUUGUCUCAUAGAUGAAAUUUUUGAUGUUUGUUCUAUAUAAUUUUAUUUAGCAUUUGAUGCUGACAGUAUAUUGCUUUGGAAAACUUGUCUACGAGAUAGUAUAAAAAUUGUAGGUAGCUUGGGUGAGUGUUCAUCGUGUUUUCCAUCA